UACGACGUAAUUCUAGUUGUAUCAAGCGAUUUAGGUACCAAACUGGUUUAUUAAAAAAUAGAGCAAUGGAUAUUUCCUUCAAAGGGAAAAGAGCUUUAAUAACUGGAGCAUCCAGAGGUAUUGGAAAAUCCAUUGCGGUAAAACUGAACAAACUAGGUGCUGAAGUUGUGGCUGUUGGAAGAUCCGAAACACACUUAGCUUCAUUGCAGAGUGAAAAUCCUUCCAUCCAAGUCGUCAAACUAGAUAUAACCGAUUGGAAUGCAACUAAAACCGCAUUAAGCAACGUAGGACCCAUCGACUUAUUGGUGAAUAGUGCUGGAGAAGGUUUCAUUAAACCCUUAGAAGAUUUGGAUGAAGAAGACAUAGACAGAAUUUUCGAUCUGAACGUGAAGGCUCUUAUAAACAUCACUCAACUGGUCGUCCAAGACUUGAUAAAAAGGAAUGCCUCAGGGUCCAUAGUUAACAUGUCAUCCCAAGCGGGCCUCGUGGGACUUUUACACCACACUGUAUAUUGCGCAAGUAAAGGCGCUGUAGACGCCUUUACAAGAGCGUGUGCUUUGGAGCUCGGUUCUAGGAACAUCAGGGUGAAUUCCGUGAAUCCCACGGUUGUUAUGACUGAAAUGGGAAGGAAGUGGUGGAGUGACCCAAGCAGGGGCGAGUCUAUGUUGGCAAAAAUUCCGUUGGGAAGAUUUUGUGAAGUGCAAGAAGUUGUGGAUGCAGUGGUUUUUCUUCUGAGUGACAAAUCUGGGAUGAUAACUGGAUCUUGUUUGGCUUUGGACGGUGGAUUCACCACAACUUAUUGCUUGGCUAGAAUUGAUUUUUGGGGCGAAAUGGAGAUUAAUUUUGCAGGUAAACGGGCUCUGGUUACAGGUGCCAGUCAAGGAAUUGGAAGAGACAUAGUCAAACAGUUGGUCAAAUGUGGAGCUAAAGUUGUUGCUGUGGCAAGAAAUAAAGACCUGUUAGUUUCAUUGAAACAGGAGGUUCCAUCUAUAGAAAUCAUUCCCUUAGAUCUAUCAGACUGGAAAAAGACUGAAGAAGGUUUGAAGGGUAUUGGAGCAAUAGAUCUAUUAGUCAAUAAUGCCGGCCUUGCCAUUUUAGGACCUCUUACAGAAGUUAAAGAAGAAGACGUAGACAGACUCUUUGCUAUAAAUGUUAAGUCACUCAUCCAAGUGACCAAAAUCGUAGUCAAAGAUCUCUUAGCAAGAAACACACCAGGGUCCAUAGUAAACAUUUCGUCCCAAGCCUCAUUAGUGGGUUUGAACAACCACACAGUAUACUGCGCUACUAAGGGCGCUGUAGACGCCUUCACCAGAGCUGUUGCUUUGGAAUACGGUCCCAGAAAUAUCAGGAUAAAUUCUGUCAAUCCGACGGUCAUCAUGACCGAUAUGGGUAAACUGGGAUGGUCAGAUCCAAAAGUUGCCGGUCCUAUGUUGGAGAAAAUCCCCUUGAGACGAUUUGGAGAAGUUAGCGAAGUUGUAGACGCUGUGACAUACUUACUCAGUGACAGAUCCAGCAUGAUAACAGGCACAUGUUUACCAAUUGAUGGUGGCUAUGUAUCUUCAUAAUUUCCAAUGAAAUACAACACAAAUAUCCAGUAAUAUAACCUAACCUUCGAUGUUAAGAUUUAUAAUACGUUGAAUAUGAGGAUUUAAUAUGAGAUUAUGUUUAUAUCAACAAAUAUAGUUUUCAAUUUUGUUAACAUA